CCAUACCAUCGGAGGUUUGAAGGUCCAUUCCAACAAGGGUUCUACGUCCAUACCAGCUGAGGUUUCCAGGUCCAUUCCAACAAGGAUUCUAGGUCCAUACAUAUCUAGAGGGGAUUUUCAGGUCCGUUCCAGAGGGAUUCCAGGUCGGUUCCAUCAGGGAAUUUUCAGGUCCGUUCCAGAGGGGGGUUCCAAGGUCUGUUCCAGAGGGGUGUUCCAAGGUCUGUUCCAGCGGUGGUUUCCAAGGUCUGUUCCAGCGGUGGUUUCCAAGGUCUGUUCAAGCGGUGGUUUCAAAGUCCGUUCCAGCGGUGGUUUCAAAGUUCGUUCCAGCGGGGUUUCAAAGUCUGUUCCAGCGGGAGUUUCCAGGUCCGUUCCAGCGGGGUUUCCAGGUCCGUUCCAGCGGGGUUUCCAGGUCCGUUCAAGCGGGGUUUCCAGGUCCGUUCAAGCGGGGUUUCCAGGUCCGUUCCAGCGGGG